GGCGACUAUUGAAACUUGAAGAACAGUUCCAAGGGAAUCCCAUUGUUGCAGAAAUCCCUAACACCGGGUAGAAAGUUCCCUCGUCGAAUACAGACAUAGGAUCGCAUUCAAAUUUUCAACCUUUGCCAUGCUUUUCACAGCAUCACAGGUCGCCGGCCUUCUUACCACCGGAAUCAUUCUCUCUUGCACGUCAGCUCUCUUCCUGAGCGGUUACGUCCUCCAACAACGAACAUUCAACCAGCUCCGCACCGCCAUAAAACAGCAGUCCAGCCGCCCUUCGCCAAAGCCAUAUCUCCCAGACCGCUUUCGUUCGACGACCACAGAACUUGAAGAUGGAACCAUUGUCGUUCUCGACACGGGAGAGGACACCGGCCCCCUGGCAGAUAUCAGGACACAGUCAAAGAAGCGCCAGCACGGCCAAGAGGAGCAAAGGGAAACUGUGAUUGAAAUAAAACCUUCUGUUCCUGAAGAAAAGCCCUUGGACAAGCUCAUACAAAAGGUUUUCGAGGAGGGAACGGCGUCGCGGGACGAGGUGGCUGAGGCACUGAGACUCGCCCAGCAGCAUGCCGAAGCUGAGCUGGCCGCUCAGUCAGAACGGGAACGUAACCUGCGGUUGCAGACUGCGCGGAACCAACUCCAUCCGGACCCCGGGGCCGAGACUCAGAAGCCUAUCAGCCGGGCGGAGAGGAGAAGGCUUAUCAAGGAGGAGAUUCGGCGUCUUUCGUACGAUGAUGAACCGGUCUAUUACCAGCGGCGACUGUAUUGAUGUUUUCGUGGUGACAGAACUGGAAGUGCGAAAAUGGCUAACAUAACCGGGCUACGGGCUCUGGCUACCUUAUUGUAUGAUUGGGAUGGAUCUGGCGCUAUUUUAUCCAUAUUUAUACCGCAUGAGAAGGAGGGUGGCGUUAUGCUUUUUCACAGGGACGGCCGCAUGAAUGACUGGUACAUGUAUAUAGGAAUUUGGAAUACACUUUGCAAUGAAUGGAUAGGUUACAUCUUUGAGACACUAAUGUAUCUACUGCUCCCCGGG